AAAAAAAAAAAAAAAAAACUUGGCACCCCAGCCCACCUCACCCAUGGCUACCUGGACUCGUGGAGAACUCAACACCGCAACGCCAGGAAGCGCCUGGGCGGCAAGUUCACUGGUCUCUUCCUCAAGUUCCACACACCUUGGAUGGAGUUCCGCUCUGCCCACCUCUCCAGCCAUAAAAACAAGGUACCACUCUUGGACAAUAAUGGUAUCACCCUCAGUCUGAAAGACAUCUAUGCCAUCCUCUGGAAGGCAAAGUAUGGCUCAAACAGACUGACCGAGGGUCAAUGGCAGCUCAGUGUCUUCCACGGCCUCAAGCUCCCAGACAUCUUCAAGGUCAUCAGCACCCUGAGAGGACCUUCUUCACGCAACGCCCUCUUCAGGUUCUUCUCCCAUACCCUCCCUAUCAAUCACAUGAGAGCAGACGAUGAUUGCACUCUCUGUGGCAAAUCCUGCACAGACCAACCCUACAAUCACUUCUUCUUUGACUGCAACAAAGUGGCGACCCAAGAAGCCAUGCGCCCAGCCUUAGACUUGGUGAAGCAACGCUCUGGUAUCAACGUCAGAGAAUGGAACAUCAAAGYACURGACAUCUCCACGAAGUCUCGUCGCCCCAACCUUCCAUUCAUCCACCUCAUGGCAAUCAUCGUCAACUACCUCUGGCACUACAUCGCCAACCACCUCUUUGGCAACAAGGAGGCCCCGUUGGCCAAGCUCAGCUUGGUGUGCAUCACAUCCUUCAAGUCCCUCCUCCGCCAGGAGUGGCGUUCCCUCAUGUCCACGCUUACGAGUCACAUCCUG